AUGCUGAAGGAAAUUAUUUUGAUUAUUUUACUCGGAUUUGUGCUUUCUCAGGUAAGUAUAUACCAGGUCAGAUUUAUCCUAUUCUUUCCUAAUCCCCUUCGAUUUCAGCUAGCCAAAUCACAAACCACUGGCUCUUAUUGGGGCUUUGAUCCAAAUGAACAAACGACCACUCAGAAUUGGUGGGGAGAGAAUGUGGACACGGGUGAGUUGCCUGAGGCAUCGAAAGAAGUCCCGGACACCACCCCACUACCUACCGCCCAGCCUCAAGUCGCUGCAGCCGGAGUAGCCCCAGUCGGAGCCUCUGACUCAACGGAUUCAUCGAUUCCGACGACUGGAAGUUCCCCUGUUGAAGGGGAGAAUUCUGAGCGCAUCGCACCUUCGGCAGAAUCCCCUCCGGUCGAAGCUACCAACUCAACUUCUACAGGCAUAACUACAAAUCUGUUGUGGAUCCCCCUAAUGGGAUUUGUGGUGUUUAACUAA